GUUGAUGAUGGUUGGGUACAGACGCCCCCUGGAGGAGAAGGAUCUUUGGUCUCUGAAUGUAGAGGACCGCUCUCACAGCGUGGUGCCACAUCUGGUGCGUCGCUGGAACUCAGAGCGUUACAAGGCCAAGAGGACAGAGCAGCAGAUGGUGUUCUCCCCUAAGAGGCCCCCCCAUGGCGAGGGCCAGCCUGUGGAAGAGUCUGAGAUCCUGCUCACCAAGUCUCCCAGAAAGAGCAAGGAAUCCUCCCUGCUCUGGGCCCUGUGCCUGACCUUCGGACCUCACUUCCUGGUCUCCUGCCUCUAUAAAAUCAUCCAGGACAUCCUGAUGUUCGUGGGACCAGAGAUCCUGAGACUGCUCAUACGCUUCGUCAACGACUCCAGCGCCCCCUCCUGGCAGGGAUUCUUUUACACCGCCCUGCUCUUUAUUUGCACCUGUGUGCAGUCGCUGAUUCUUCAGAGGUACUUCCAUGUGUGCUUUGUCUCAGGCAUGCGUCUGCGAACAGCCAUCAUCGGCGCCGUCUACAGGAAGGCCUUGGUGAUUAGUAACGCGGCACGGCGCACAUCGACGGUGGGAGAAAUUGUCAACCUGAUGUCUGUCGAUGCUCAGCGGUUCAUGGACCUGGUCACCUACAUCAACAUGGUGUGGUCUGCACCGCUGCAGGUGGUCCUGGCCCUCUACUUUCUCUGGCAGAAUUUGGGUCCGUCUGUGCUGGCAGGAGUUGCAGUGAUGGUUCUGAUGGUUCCGAUUAAUGCCGUUAUUGCCAUGAAAACUAAAACCUACCAGGUAGCCCAGAUGAAGAGCAAAGACAGCCGCAUCAAGCUGAUGAACGAGAUGCUGAACGGCAUCAAGGUGCUGAAGCUCUAUGCCUGGGAACUGGCCUUCAAGGACAAGGUGUCUGAGAUCCGGGAGAGCGAGCUGCGCGUGCUGAAGAAGGCUGCAUACCUGGGCGCCAUAUCUACCUUCACCUGGGUGUGCGCUCCCUUCUUGGUCGCCCUGUCCACCUUCGCCGUUUAUGUGCUAAUCGAUGAACGGAACGUGCUGGAUGCUCAGAAGGCCUUCGUGUCACUGGCGCUGUUCAACAUCCUGCGUUUUCCUCUCAACAUGCUGCCCUUUGUCAUCAGCAGCAUUGUUCAGGUGG